GCCCGUUAUGCGUCACCUGACCUGGUCCACAGACUAUCGAAAAGCUAGGACUUUAAUAAUAAAAUUAAUAAUGAAUAAUUAAAUAAUACAAACCAAAGCAAUACAACACUUAGCCUAACAACAUUUAUGUUUUCUAACCCUUGAAAUGGUUUGAAAACAGACACGUCAUCAUUAUUCGACCGGACGGGAAAGACACACGGGCGACCGAAUACAGACUCCGGGAUCUCGAGCAGCUUCAUAGUAUAUUAAUCGACGAGGACACCCUGCAGGAAACCCUGAGCUUUCUUUUAAUGUGUUUCUAUGUGGUUUGAAUUUUUCAUCUGCACGUUUUGAUGCGUUGAUUUAAUUUCAUUGCAAAAAGACGCGGUCCAACGCAAAACCCUGUCAAGUGCGAUUGUUUUCUGUGGUAAAUUGAUUACUGAUUUCCCAAGAUAACCAGAAAUUACGCACUAUUUGUUUAGCGUAGGGCGUUACGUAAUAGGAGCACUAUCCAUGGUGCUGAAGCCAUCCCCAUUGACGCAUGCGUAGACCAGUUUUGUGAGAUAAAAUCGCAACAAAAUAUUUUUCAGUGUGUUUCUGAAUAUAGCCUGUAUUUUCUGAAAACAGCCGGUUUGCUUGGAAAUCAAGAGGAGAAAUCCAUAAAAAUCCCCCCCCCUCCAAAUCCAUAUUUUAAAGGGACCGUUUGGAUUCAGUCUCUGGUAUUUUUGUCGGCGAAAAGCCUAUGCAUUUCGACUGUCCUUCCCUUUUUCCCGGUGAAGUUGAUUCGUGAGGUAGUUGUCGAUCAUACGCGGAGAAAAUGUCGGGACAGACAUUGACGGAUCGCAUCGCCGCGGCGCAGUACCAGCUCACCGGAUCCGAAGUGGCUCGCGCCGUUUGCAAAGCCACCACGCACGAGGUGAUGGCGCCCAAGAAGAAGCACCUGGAAUAUCUGAUCUCAGCCACCAACGAGACAAAUGUGAACAUCCCUCAGAUGGCUGACACAUUAUUUGAAAGAUCCACCAAUGUCAGCUGGGUGGUCGUGUUCAAAGCCCUAACUACAACUCACCACAUCUGCAUCUACGGCAAUGAAAGAUUCAUCCAGUAUUUGGCCUCGAGGACUUCCCUGUUCAAUCUCAGCAACUUUAUUGACAAAACAGGCACCCAUGGCUAUGACAUGUCAACAUUUAUCAGACGAUACGCACGGUACCUGAAUGAGAAGGCAUACGCUUACCGUGCGAUGGCCUUCGACUUCACUCGAGUCAAGAAGGGAGCUGAGGGUGUGAUGAGGACUAUGACUCCUGAGAAGCUCCUGAAGGCCAUGCCUGCCCUGCAGACUCAAGUGGACACGCUGCUGGAGUUUGACGUUCAUCCUAAAGAUUUAAAUAACGGCAUCAUCAAUGCAGCAUUCCUGCUUCUCUUUAAGGAUCUGAUAAAGCUGUUUGCCUCCUACAAUGAUGGCGUCAUCAAUUUAUUAGAGAAAUAUUUCAAAAUGAAGAAGUCUGAAUGCAAGGACUCACUGGAAAUUUACAAGAAGUUUCUGACCAGAGUGACCAAGAUUUCAGAGUUCAUGAAAAUUGCUGAGCAAGUAGGAGUGGAUAAAAAUGACAUUCCUGACAUCUCUUAUGCUCCCAGCACUAUUCUGGAAUCUCUGGAGACACAUAUGAACAGUCUAGAGGGGAAGAAAGGGGAAGGGUCACCCACAAAGGGAUCCCCCACCAAUAACGUGUCUCCAACCUCCACUCCCUCUAAAUCCGCUGCUGCCGUUCCCACUCUGGAGCCGCCACCCACUGAGGCCGCAUCCACUGCAGAGUCUGCCACUGAUUCUCUGCUGGAUCUGGACCCGUUGUCUUCCUCUGGACCUUCUGCAGGUGGUGCAUCAGCUGCUCCCACAUCCUGGGGAGAUCUGCUAGGGUCAGAAAUGGGUUCCUUUACUACAGAGACUCUCCUUCCUGACCCAAGCACUGCCGUAGACUCCGCCUCCUCAGCCACGCCCACCACAGCCACAGAGGCAGCCGUUUCUUUGGCUCCUCCUCCUUCCGCUGCCGGUGCUUCCUCCGGUUCAGCGGAUCUCCUCGGAGACAUGUUUGCAGCCCCUGCAGCUGAAGCAGCUCCUGCUGCAGAGAGUGCGUCCGCAACAACCACACCCACCCCUGCUUCCGAGGGCACCGCUACAACUGACUCCGUGGGUGCUGCUGAGGCCAAACCAGCCGCCCCACCAGCAGCGGCUCCAGCAGGAGAUCUGAUGUCAGCUUUCGACGGAUUUGGUGAUGUGCUCAUGCCAGCAAUGGCCCCCCAGGCAGCAGGGGCCAGCUCACCUGUCAAACCCAUGAUCAACAUGGCCAGCAAUUUGACAAUGGGAAACCAGAAACCGGGUGAAGCAGCUGGUGGGGCGAACUGGCAAGCGCAGGUACCCACCCCUAGCUGGGGCAUUACCAUGCCUGGAGCAGGAGCUGCUCCCAUGAUGCCCGGCUCACCGAUGAUGGCUGGCCAACAGCCAAUUAUGAGGCCACAGUUUCCAACCACAGGAGGACCUGGACAACCGAUGUCUCCAGGAAUGGCUCAGAGUCCCAGGAAGCCUCCUCCUUCUAAAGAUCCUCUUGCUGACCUCAAUAUUAAAGAUUUUAUGUAAAUGAGCAGCCGGUUUGUCACAAUUAAUGUGCGGCCCUGAUGAAAACGAAGUGCAUACUCUCUCUUCCAUUCAUCAGAUUCAGGGCCCCGAGUCCCUCUUUCUCUCUCUCACUUUUUCCCUCUGUCUGUUGUAGCAUAAACCGUGAAAGUGACUAAGUACAUG